GCCUUUAUAUACCUCCCACCCUUUCUCUCUCGCCAUUCAAUCUUUUCAAACAACAAUUAACUCUCUUUCCUUUUCCAUUCAUAUAUGCAUAAUAAUGGGUACUGUAUGCAGUUCAUACCAAUCCACAUCAGUUUCUACUGCCAAAUUAAUACUUCACGAUGGUAGAUUACAAGAGUUUUCUUAUCCAGUGAAGGCUUCUUACUUAUUACAAAAUGACCCUACAAUAUUUAUUUGUAACUCUGAUGAAAUGGAUUUUGGAGACGUGAUUUCUGCCGUAAGUGAAAAUGAGGAGCUUCAACUUGGUCAGCUAUAUUUUGCUUUACCUUUGAACCGACUGAAACAUAAGCUGAAGGCUGAGGAAAUGGCUGCAUUAGCUGUGAAGGCAAGCUCUGCAUUAAACAAUAGUGGUGGUGAGAAAGUUAUUGUAUUUGAAAAAAGUGGUGGUAAUUUUUCGAAGAAAUUAGUGGAUGAUAAUAGUGGUUCUAAAAGGAGUAAUGGACCUGGCCGUAGUGGUAGGAGAAAGAAGUUCACGGCGAAGUUGAGUGCAAUAAAAUGA